AUGUCGCAGGUGGUCGCCCGGAGGAGGUCAAAGGGCACCAAUGAGCCCACAAGGCAGGGGGCCAGGGCUGAGAGGCCGAGGGGGGCAACCGAGGAAGGAAGGCCCAGGUGGAGGCACUGUCGGGAGAGGCUGGCCCUGAUGCUGCGGCCCCCGGACGGCCCGAGCCAGCAGGUGGCUGAGGCCUUGGGAACAGACUGCCCGCCCGCGCCCCACCCCCCCGCGCCGCUCGCGCGCCCUGAGAGGUCUGAGAAAGCGCGCAGCUGCAGGUGGAGGCGGGGAGGGCGAGCCCGCACCUGCGCCCACUCCUGCCGGGGGCGGGGCCAGAGGUUCACUGGGGCGGGGCCCGGGCCCUCCACCCCGCCCCGCCGCGACCCCAGACCCACCCGAGGGACCCCUUUGCCUGCGCCCUUCCCUGCCUUACGACGCCAAGGCUCCUCCGCGCCUGCGCGCAGAGCGCCUCUUCACGGGCGCAGCUCGGCCUCGGCUACGGCCGGCCCCUGCCCAGCAGCCUCUCGUCGGCGUCCCGGGACAAGCCGACGGGUGUCUGCGCCCAGAAGUUGUUCAGCAAAUCAAGUUUACGAAUGUGGGGUCCCCGCCAUCGAACCCGUGCUGAAUGGCCUGUCCAGGAUCGUCAAUGGCGAGGACGCUGUCCCGGGCUCCUGGCCCUGGCAGGUGUCCCUGCAGGAUAAAACCGGCUUCCACUUCUGCGGGGGCUCCCUCAUCAGCGAGGACUGGGUGGUCACUGCUGCCCACUGUGGUGUCAGGACAUCCCACGUGGUCGUGGCUGGGGAGUUUGACCAGCACGCAAAUGAGGAGAACAUCCAGGUCCUGAAGAUCGCCAAGGUUUUCAAGAACCCCAAGUUCAACAUGCUGACCAUCCGUAACGACAUCACCCUGCUGAAGCUGGCCACGCCUGCCCGCUUCUCCGAGACCGUGUCCCCUGUGUGCCUGCCCGCGGCUACGGAUGAGUUCCCCCCUGGUUUGCUGUGCGCUACCACGGGCUGGGGGAAGACCAAGCACAAUGCCAACAAGACCCCCGACAAGCUGCAGCAGGCGGCCCUGCCCCUCCUGUCCAACGCCGACUGCAAGAAGUUCUGGGGCAGCAAGAUCACGGACGUGAUGAUCUGCGCCGGGGCCAGCGGCGUCUCGUCCUGCAUGGGCGACUCUGGCGGCCCCCUGGUCUGCCAGAAGGACGGAGCCUGGACCCUGGUGGGCAUCGUGUCCUGGGGCAGCGGCACCUGCUCCACCUCCGUCCCCGCCGUGUACGCCCGCGUCACCGAGCUCAUUCCUUGGGUUCAGGAAAUUCUUGCCGCCAACUGAGCCUCUUUCUCCCACCGUCCCAACCCCGAGUGUUUCCAAUAAAAGCAUGUGACGG